AUGCUUCUGCUUCCAUCACUCCCUGUCCUUGUCCUGUGUGUGGUGGGCAUAUCCUCAUCAAAGUCACAAACCUGUGAGGAUGCCCUGAAGACAUGCCCUGUAAUAGCCUGCGGCAGAGAUGGGAGAGAUGGACCCAAAGGGGAGAAGGGAGAACCAGGUCAUGGGCUCAGGGGUGGACAGGGCCCUCCAGGAAAAAUGGGGCCUCCAGGAAAUGUAGGACUUCCUGGACUUCCAGGAACAAAAGGCCAAAAAGGGGAUCCUGGACACAGUGCAGCCCUUGAAGCAAAGUUGGCGAAUUUAGAGGCAGAGAUAAGGAUCCUAAAAUCUGAACUGGAGCACACCAAGAAGUUGCAUGCCUUCUCAAUGGGCAAAAAGUCUGGAAAGAAGCUCUUCAUGACCAACCGUGAAACUAUGACCUUUGCCAAAGUGAAGGCUCUGUGCACCGAGCUCAGAGGCACUGUGGCUAUUCCCAGGAAUGCUGAGGAGAACCAGGCCAUCCAAGAAGUGGCCAAAGGCAAUGCCUACUUAGGCAUCACAGACGAGGUGACUGAAGGCCAAUUCAUGUAUGUGACAGGGGGGAAGCUCACCUACAGCAACUGGAAAAAGAAUGAGCCCAAUAACCAUGACUCAGGGGAGGAUUGUGUCGUCAUGGUAGAGGGUGGGGUCUGGAAUGACAUAUCCUGUCAAGCUUCCUUCAUUGCUGUCUGUGAGUUCCCAGCCUGA